AAAAAUUCUCCAGGCGGCGUUCCAUCGCAAAUCCAGCUGGCGAUCUUUAUUCUCUCUCCAUAUCUCUUCCUUUUUCAGUUCAAAAAAAUAAAAAAAAAGUCUAGGGUUUUUUGAGAUCUCCAAUCGAUCCAAAAACAUCUUUAACCUUCAUCUCCUUUCCUCUCUCUGAUAUCGUUCUGAUUUUAGUUCCAGAGCUCGAAGAUGUUGGGAAUCGUUAGGAGAAAGCUCGGAUGUGGAGGUUUCCCAUCAUCGAUAAUAGGGCAGGGUUUGGAGAGGAUUCGCCCUGCUACAUCAUCUUUUUUACCUAAAUAUUACUCUACCGCUGCAAAAGAGAUGACUGUACGUGACGCUUUGAACUCUGCACUUGAUGAGGAGAUGUCUGCUGACCCAAAAGUCUUCUUAAUGGGUGAAGAGGUCGGAGAGUACCAAGGUGCAUACAAGAUCUCCAAGGGUCUGCUUGAGAAGUAUGGUCCCGAUAGAGUUGUUGACACUCCAAUCACUGAGGCUGGAUUUACUGGAAUUGGAGUUGGAGCAGCUUAUUAUGGCCUUCGGCCUGUUAUUGAGUUCAUGACUUUUAACUUCUCUAUGCAGGCAAUUGAUCAUAUUAUCAACUCCGCAGCAAAGUCAAACUAUAUGUCAGGAGGUCAACUAUCUGUUCCUAUUGUUUUUAGAGGACCCAAUGGUGCUGCUGCUGGUGUUGGGGCUCAACAUUCACAGUGUUAUGCAGCUUGGUAUGCAUCUUGUCCUGGAUUGAAAGUACUAAGUCCUUACUCAGCAGAAGAUGCUCGGGGCUUGCUCAAAGCUGCUAUCCGGGACCCUGACCCUGUUGUUUUCCUCGAAAAUGAAAUUCUAUAUGGUGAAUCUUUUCCUGUGUCAGCAGAAGUUCUUGAUUCCAGUUUCUGUCUUCCUAUAGGAAAAGCCAAGAUUGAGCGGGAAGGGAAGGAUGUGACUAUUACUGCAUUCUCGAAGAUGGUCGGUUAUGCUCUCCAGGCUGCGGAUAUACUUUCGAAGCAAGGAAUUAGCGCUGAGGUUAUAAAUCUUCGCUCCAUAAGACCACUGGACAGAGCUGCUAUCAACACUUCUGUUAGGAAAACCAACAGAUUGGUUACAGUUGAAGAAGGCUUUCCACAGCAUGGUGUGGAUGCUGAAAUCUGUGCAUCUGUGGUUGAAGAAAGUUUCGACUACCUUGAUGCUCCUGUUGAGAGGAUAGCUGGUGCUGAUGUUCCCAUGCCUUACGCUGCAAACCUUGAGAGGUUAGCUGUUCCCCAGGUCGAUGAUAUCGUUAGGGCGGCGAAAAGGGCCUGCUACAGAUCAGUGCCAAUGGCAGCAGCAGCUUAAGAGCACCUCUUUCAUUCUCAGUACUUGUAUACCAUUCUUUCUACAUGUUGUGCCCGGAAAACUACUAUUCGAAAGCUCGGUUUUGAUUGUUUGUUACAGGAAGCUGAUUUUGACCCACUGUCAGCUUUGGAUUUGUAAUAUCUUCUUUAAUAAUUGUGUGCCUGAUUUUAUCUAUAUCCUUACUACGGUUCCUAUGAACAUCGGUCAAAAGCGUAACUUCUAUGACGUAGAAAAGUUUUGCUGAGUUU